AUGACAGAAAGAGUAUCGGAUUUUCAUGAUUCUGAAAAAGCUGUGGGCAUCAAAUUAAUGAAAAAAUCAAAAGCCGAAAUUGAACACGAUGAAUACAUGCAACGACAACAUGCGAUAUUAAUCGGGGAAUUGAAAGCAGCUGAAGCAAGAAACAGAAUUCGUGCUACUCGAUUACGUUUUUCAAAAACUCGAUCUGAUGAAAUUGAUCAAAUAAUAUCAUUUCAGCCUAAUGCUUUGGGUGCAUUAAGAUUUGAAGCAUUUAUGAAUAAACCUGAUAAACAAUCUACAAAAGUUAAAGAUCCACUGAAUCAAUUAGAACGUCGACGAGUACAAAACUUAUCAUUAGACGACCAAAAUCUUUUAGUUGAUAGAAAAAGUUAA